GUUUCUGCGCUGGUCGAGCUGCCCAAGCACGAUGUCUACGACAUGUUUGACACAGGAUCUAAAGGCAGAGAGAUCAGCACGACCAUGUGCUUCGCGCAGAUUCUGAGAAAGAUGAUGCAGGCUGGUGAGUUCGGACAGCGAUGUACACUGAUGGUCACAGAUGAGUCACGAACCUUCGGAAUCGAUGCAUUCUUCCCGAUCUUCAAGAUCCAUGCGCCCUUCGGGCAGAACUAUACGCCGGUGGAUGCGGAUCAGGUUAUGAAGUACGCUGAGUCACCCAGUGGGCAGAUUCUGCAAGAAGGCAUCAGUGAAGGUGGUGCCAUCAUGACCUGGAUCGCCUCGGCGACGUCUUAUGCGUCGCAGCACGCACCGACUCUGCCGUUCUUGAUUUACUACUCAAUGUUUGGAUUUCAACGUGUUGGCGACAGCAUUUGGCAGGCUGCAGAUGCACGAGCCCGUGGCUUCCUCAUUGGUGCGACAUACGGUCGAACCACCCUGAACGGAGAAGGCUUGCAGCACCAGGAUGGGCACUCGCUGCUCAUCGCGCACACCUGCCCGGCUGUGAAGGGGUACGACCCUGCGUUUGGCUACGAAAUGGCAGCAAUCAUCGAGAACGGUGUGAAAGAGAUGUGGGGCGAGGACAAGGAUGUCAUCUAUUAUGUCACGGCCUACAAUGAGAACUUUGCAAUGCCUGAGAAGCCUGAGGGUGUGGACGAAGGCAUCGUCAAGGGCUUGUACAAGUUCUCAGACGCCAAAAGCGCAGACCACAAGGUGCGGAUCAUUGGUUCUGGCGCCAUCAUGAAGCAGGCCAUGGACGCUAUUGAGAUCCUCGCAGAAUACGGUGUUGGAGUGGAGCUUUGGAGUGCCACGAGUUAUGGGGAGCUUCAGCGCGAAGCCAUUGCAUGCCAGCGACUAGAACGUCUUGGUGGUGAGGCGCCGACGUCGUGGGUUGAACAAUGCCUUGGAGAUGGAGAUGUCACUGUGGCCGUGUCAGACAACAUGACAGCCUACCCAAAGCUGAUCGCUCCUUGGGUGGGUGGCGAUUUCAUCGUGCUUGGAGCCGACGGCUUCGGCCGGUCGGAUACACGCGAGAACCUCCGGCGCUUCUUCGAGGUGGACAAGGAACAC